CCCACGAGAACUAGCCUAUAAAAGCCACGGAACCGAUCACAGUUGUAUCCGAUAGUCCGAUUUGCGGGUUGCGACCUAGUGGCUUGUUGAUUUGGUGCAAGUGCAUUGUUGGUGCUGUUUUGAAAUACGGUGUUUUAAUUUAUGCUUGAGUUUAAGGAUGUGUGAAAGGGAAAGGAGAGGGGACGGGAUUGGGGAUUAUGCAGGUGGCGGCUGAGCGGCUGGUUCCGUGGCUAACGGGAAAAGAAUAGUGUGAAAAGUGGAGGCAACGGGACGGAGCAUAGUUCCUAUCCUGUCAAUCUGACAGUUUAAGUGCUGUGUAUUUCUACCGGCAUCAUAGACCUAAUCCAAUUCUGCUUUUACUACCUCCCACAAACUACACCGUACCACCCAACAUCAUGACAUCUCAUUCAACGCUGAAUUCUUCCAUCGCCAUGUCCAGUCCAAUCCUCAUCUCCACACCCAAAUCUAAGCCCACCUCCAAUUUCCGCGUUCUCCCCUGCGAUCCAAAGUUAGAUGGUCCAGCUAUCCUUACUCAGCAAACUGCAGCUUUCAGUGACCCACGUGAGCCAUUCUUCUUCGUUUUAUUCCCCGAGACCGAGGAGACGGAAAAGGCUGUUAGGAGAUUAGUUGAUAUUUGGCUUGGGGAUGAGAAGGCGAGAUAUGUUAAGGUUGUUAAUGAGGAAGGUAUUUUUAGUUUUCUUCCUUCAAAUUCCUUGAUUGUGAGCUUUGCAUUGGUUCAUUAUGGCAUGAUGGUAAUCAAGACACGUGAAUUUGGAGAAAGAUACUAAUGGUGUAUGAAGGAACUCUCAUAAGUGCAGCAAAAUGGCUCAUAAAUACAGAACCUUUGAGCGAGGAACAGAAAAAGGAACACAUUAGUGUGGAUUGGCACCCUGAUCAAGAUUCAAAUGAAUGGGCAGAGUAUCUUAUCAAUUGGAUCCAUAAAAAUCAGAUUAGUCGAACGAAGGGAGAACCAUGCGUUAGUACGUAUCAUUCCUUUCAGAUCCUUUCAAAUCCCAUUUCCCUCCUUGUCCUCCCAAUGCCCAUCCUUUCCCAUCUCCACCCCAGAUUUCUACUCUCUAACAUUCCCCCAGUCCUUGACAUGUUAUCAACCCACCCCUCAUACCAACAUCUUGGCGCCGGCACCCUUCUCAUGCAAUACGGUACCGCGAUAGCUGAUUCCCUCAAUUUACCGGCAUUUGUCGAGGGGACGGCAAUUGCGAAACAUUUGUAUGAGAGUCAUGGGUUUAGAGCUGUGCCAGAUAGGUAUAUUGAGGUUGAGGUACCGGAAAAGUGGAGGGAGAGGGAGGAUAGACCUAAGAUUGAGUAUUUCUUCUAUGAGAGACCAAGAGGUGCGGGAAAGUUGUGAGGGAUAGGGGAACACUGGGGUUGGGGAAGCUGUUAAGUGACAGAAGGGAAAGCGAAGGGGAGUUGGAGGAGGUGAAAUAUGUAUCACUUUGUCCGUCUGUUAGCAUCCAAAUGCAUCCAUUAUUGACAGC